AUGUCCACCACCAUUAUCAUCGUUGACUGGUCGGAACUUACGCCGGCGCUCCUCCAGACUAUUGCGGGAAACCUCCGUAGACAAGCCGAUUACAUCCGAUUCCGAGCAGUCUGCUCAAGCUGGCGCGCCGCUGCUCCCUUAACUCCCCGCCAUAUUCCACGCGAAUUCCCAUGGCUCAUGCUCCGGCCGGGCCGAUCUGCGCUUUUCCCUCAUCGGCGUGCCUUCCUGGACGCUCUUAGUAACAAGAUACACCUUCUUACGCUGCCAGAAGCCUCCCUAAGCCGCCGCCGCGUCGGCUCCUCCCACGGCUGGCUCAUCCUUAUCGACGAAUCCCCUUCUAUUUUCCUCAUUAACCCUAUUACCCGCGCCAAAGUUAAUCUCCCAGCGCUUUCAACUUUUCCAAAUGUCCUAAAUUUCGAUUUCUACAGCGUAGGCCGUGAAUACACGCUCCGGUCUCCAGACGCUGACGUCUAUAAUUGUAAUCUAAGGAAAAUGCGCGACUCUUUUAUUAAAAAAGUCAUCCUCUCUCACAACCCUUACAAUGACUCGAAUUUCACUGCCUUCGCGAUUCUUAAUUGGUCCGGAGAUCUCGCGUAUUGUGAAAAGGGGGAAAAUUCCUGGAAAUUCAUUGACGAAGCGCGAUCAUAUUGUGAGGAUCCAAUUGGCGGGGAUAUGCAGUAUUUGGUGGAUGCAAUGGGAGAAUUAUUGUUGAUCACGCGGUACUUAGAGCUUGAGACUGAUCCCGAGCGUGUGGAACAUCAGUUUGACAAUGUGUACAAGACAGUGAAGUUUUGCGUGUGGAGGUUGGAUUUGAGUGGUCCGAAGUGGGAGAGAAUCAUGACUUUGGGAGAUAGAGUGCUGUUUUUGGGGGAGAAUUUAUCAUUGGCGAUAUUGGCGACUGAUUAUCCAGGUUGUAAAGGUAACAGGAUUUACUUUGCGGAUGAUUAUUCUGAAGCAAAUUAUGAUGGAAAUCACGGAAUCAGUGGGGAUCAUGAUGUGGGGUUUUACAAUUUGGAGGAUGGGAGUUCUGCUGAUGUUCCUGCAAGUGGAGUGAGUGACUUACAUGCAUAUGAAGAUCAUGUAUUUAUUGAUCACAAUGAAGAGGCACAUACUACAGAUCACAAUGAGUCACUUGUUUCACCUCAACAUGAUGCACCUGUUGAAGUAAAACAUGAUGCACCUGCUGAUGCAUCAUGUGUUGAUGAAACCCCUGCUGCUUCACCCCAUGUUGAUACACCACCAGCAGAUGCACCACCUUCCCCUACAGAAGAUCAUGUACCUACAGAUGCACCACCGGAUGAUGCACCUGUUAUUGCUAAAAAUGUGGACCAUACCAACACUAGAUAA